AUGGUGGCCGCCUUCUGCGGCGCGGGCCGCCUGCUGCUGAUGACGGGCACGGGGCGGCUGCAGGAGAACGUCGAGGCCCUCCGCGGCGCGGUGGACGCCCGUGGGCGGCCGGUGCAGGUGCACCCCGUGCCCUGCCCGGAGGUGGGAUGGGCGCAGGCCCUCUCGUCGAGGCUCGCCGUCUCGGCCGGCAGGUGGUACGGCCGGAGCCAGGAGCGGAGCUACACGAACAUCAUCUUCACGCAGGGGGCGGUGCUGGUGCCGCAGUUCGGGGAAGCGGGGAGCGACGCCGGGGCGCUCCAGGCAGUGCGGGAGGCGUGCCGUUCGGACCAGGCGCUGGCGGCGUGCGAGGUCGUACCGCAGCCCUGGGGGCGGGUGGCGUGCCUGGGCGGCGGGCUGCGUUGCUGCACGCUGCCCCUGCCCGCGCUGGCCGCCGGGCGGGACGCGAGCGCGACCGAGGGCCCAGCGGGAAAGCCGUCAGCACGGCCGAGGGCCGACGCCACCAUCGAGAGGAGCAGGCUGCCCCAGGCGAGGCGGGAGGCAGCGCAGCGCGACCGCAGUGCAAGCCGCCCCAGUCGCCGUGGGCGAGUGGAGCCAGACAAGCAGAUCAAGCAAUACGUGUCGAAGGUCAUUCCCAUGACUCGUGCAGAAGCAGUCGAGUACGAAUGCUACAUCGACCCCCCGACGAACGACCCUGUGCAGCAGAAGCGCUACCAGGACGAUACCCGCAGUCGCAUGGUGGAGUAUGCGACCAUGGCGCUUGCAGCCAAGCGCGCGGCAGACACUGUCGAGGCAGGGAAGUUGGACACCAAGCUGUCCGUGCUCAAGUGCAUGAUGGGGUUGACGCAGCCAACAGGGCAGCAGCUGGCUGCCAUGAGGCAGAAGAAGGAUCAAGCGGAGGACGAGCAGCUCGAGGAGCUCGAGAGGCUCCGCGACUACGUGGCCGAGCUGGAGGAGCAGCGCAAGGAAGAGGAAAGCGGACAGGAUGCGGUCGGGCCGCCGCCUGGGCGCUUUGCUGCGCCUGUGCAUGGUGGACCGCAGCCAGGAGUGCAUCCUGGACAGCCGUCGAACAUGUACCAGCAGCACCUGCCGCCACCGCCGCCCGCCGUUCCCAGCCCGAUGGAGGUCAUUAUGCAGCAGAUGAUGGCAAAGAUGGCACAGCAGGAUCAGCAGAUGCAGUUCAUGAUGCAGGCGAUGGGGUUUACUCAGGCGCCGCCGGGGCAGGCGGCGCAGGCAGCGGCCAGUGCGGCGCAGGCAGCGGCGGCGGAGACGACGAGGCAGGUGGAGCAGGAGGCGGCGGCGAGGGCGGUGCAGCAGGCACACGAGGCGAUGUACGGCACGGCGACGCCGCGGCCGUCGAUGGCGUCCUCGCCCUUGCAGCCGCCAGUCAUGCCCGCGUCGUCGCAGCCCCCAGUUGCGCCAGAGCCGAUGGUGGUGGACGCGUCGCCGCUGCCGCCGCAGGGGCGAUUGGCAAGCCCCAGCUCGCCGCCGCCUGGUCAGCCAACGCCGCCGACGCCGCAGACGCCAGCGCCCAGGACGCCGAUCGUGGGCACCACAGGGGGCUUGAGGUCGCCAGCCGCGCCCAUCAAGCCGCCGUCGCCCGCGGAGGACGCCAGGGAGGUCGACACCACCCCGAUCGCCGCGACGCAGCAGGCGGAGCCCGCGCAGGUGGAGCCGCCCGUCUGGCCGUCGCCCAUCUCGCCGACCCAGCCGAUGGUGAACAGCUCUCAGAUCGACGAUCCGUACGUGGCACCGCCGCAGCACAGCGUAACCUACACGUCGCCGACGGACUCUACUGUGCAGAAGGAGAUCCGCAGGCUCGACAAAGAGAAAAGGGAUUUGGAAUUGUCGUCACCGCCGAAGAAGGAGCCCAGGAAUCAGACCGCAUCCGUGCCAGAGGGAUGUUGCGGCACCUACCUGGACGACCAGAUCAACGGCCUCAAGCUAUGUGCUGGCACCUUCGUGCAAGCCAUCCCCGAGACUUGUGGACAGUUUGAUUGCGGCGAGAGUGUGGAGAAGGCCGUGCUUCGCGACUUCGUGCUUGCCAGCUACAACGCUGAAACCGCUCAGGACCUCGUUCAAGGCGAACGCACAGUGUUUCGAGGGCAGUGGCUUAGGCAGCAGUUCGCAGAGGCUGCGGUGCUGUUGGUUGGCAUACAGGACGUCUAUCUCAAAGCUGCUCAUUGUCUCGUCGUGGAGGCGGAGCCGCGGAGCCUGGUUGUCAAGAUCAGCGCUCCGCAUUGGAGCACAGUCGUCAUGGUCUGUCAUGCACCCUGCCCCGAGGCGACGAUAGCUGUUCGCAAGCGAUGGUGGGACCAUGCUAAGAAGCUCGUCAGCCGCUUUGGCGUUGAUCUCAUUUUAGGUGACAAGGGUGCGCUACCCAUGCGAUUGGACACCACUGGUGUCCCUUUUGAAUCGCGAGAGGCUCUCGCGUACGGGCUGUUGCAGCACUUCGCUGCGGCAGAGAAGGCGUCCAUCUGCACUGUGGAAGAGUUGGUCGUUGCCUACAAUGUUUUGGCUCAACCCACUGUCUUUGAGCGAGUUGGUGACAAGCACCUGCAAGACACGGUGCAGGACGUCAACUCGUGCACCUGGUUUCAAGUGAAGGGAGCAAAGUCGGCGGCGCGUGCUGUCAUAGGAACGUUGCCCGAGGUUCCAGCGGAGGUCGAGGAGUUGUUCGUGCCCUUCGACCCGUUCUACGAGGGCAUCUGGCUUGUAGCCUCCCUGGCCCUUGGGAGCGCGCAGCGCGCAAGGGGGGCGACCAGCGGAAUGGCAGCGCUGGCGCCCCCCGGCAGUGCCGAGGGCCUCGGCCACGGGCUGAACCCGCAGAUCCUCCGACUACAGGAGUUGUUCGACGAGGUCGUGAACUCGCUGAAGAUGGAGGUAUUCAGGCUUGCCACCGAGAAGGCCGCGCUGGCCGAGGAACGGAAGAUGGUCGAGCAGGCGCAGAGCGAGUCGACCAACAGAUUGCAGCUUCUCGAGCGUCUUGUUCAGGCGGGAGCCAUGUGGGGACAGCACGCGGAGCACAGCGGCACCGUCAGCGACAGGCUGGAGCAGGCCGUGCAGUCCCUGGGAGAGCGCGUGCAGUCCCUGCACACGGUGUCCGCGCGGAUGGAGACGCAGUCCUCGCAGGCCGUGGGUUGA